AUGCUCAAGCUCUUCCAGGUCUUCGUCGGCUGCCCGCAUAGAAGCCUCGGCCUCGCCUCGCUCACCAACGAUCUUGUGACUCUGUUUCACACCACCCGCAACUAUCCCAGCUUCGGCUUGCUCCAGGCCGCGCGGGUAUGCGCUUCCACCGUCAUCAACGCCAACCGCCUGUUUCUGGAGAGUAGCGUACCUCUCCGGGUUGAAAUAGCCAGCGUCUUCAGUCUCAGUUCGAGUAACGCUGAACGAGUCUUUGAAGAGUUCACAGCCACGCUGGGUUUGACUUGUGAGGUUCGCAUCGGACUGCCGGGCCCCCAUAUCAAGUUGCUGCGAGACAAUACGGAGGACGAAGUUUACAAACCGCUGCGGAAGAUACUCGGCUUCUCCGGGCAAGAUGGAGUUUCUAGCUCGAUAUGGCCCGUCGUCGAACGAUACGAAGGACUCCGUUUCCUCCUCUCAACCGUAGCCCCCGAGCGCUCUCUCCAAGUAAAGCCCGAUGAAGCCGCCUCGGAUGGCUUGUUGUCCAUGGACGAGUUCGUAAGCUGGACACGACGCUCCCAAGCCUCCCAAACCGCCCGCUAUCUUUCGAUUCCCACCGAUCAGUCGACAUCAACCAUCAUGAACGACUUUGUGCGGUUUGUCUCUGACAACAGCAAACACACCGUCCGGUCCCGAUUCCGGCUCUUCACCUUCCAGUUCCGCGAGCUGAAGCUUCAUCCAGACGUCGACAUGGGCCCUCGCGUGAACGGCACGCGCCUGGUCCUGGCAAGUUUCGUGGCCCAGGCACUCGCAUACCUACUCCCUCGCACGGAACCGGCACUCAGGCCGUCCGAACUGCUGGCUUCUUGGAAGGCUGCCUCGCCCGAGCUGCUGACCGAAUAUCACCUGGUGCGUGUCUUCGUCACUCUGAACCUGCUGCUCUGGCAGAUUAGAGUCCAGGCCAUCUGGUCCAUCUGGGACUUGGAGCACUGUCCUGGGGAUGGCGGGCCCGCUCGGUUGAUACAAGACUUGACGGGCUGUUUCCAGUUUACCGAUCUGAAGCCCCCCAUUCUCUUUGCCGGUUCCGGGGACACCAAGUUGGGCCUGGCGGAGAUCAUGGCUUCCGUCGGCGUGGCAUCGUUGGAGCUGAGACCGAGAGCUCGUCAUGGGUCGUCCCCCGACUUCGAAAAACGUGUUUCCGCCGAGCUGACGCUGCUACGAGCUCUCCAUCCGGGCCAUGGUCCUCUGCCGGGGCCCGUCCAUGAUCUGCUGACGGAUUUAUGCACCGAGACGUCACUUCGCGAGGCGCUUUUGCAAUGGAUUGCCAGGACGGCCCACACGAGCGUGACGAGGGAUCAGUGGCUGGGGCGGAUCCGGCAUGCUCUCAGCGAACAAGGCCAUAUUGAGCCGCUGAGUCUACAGAGUGCCAUAAUGAGCUCUCUUUCCAGAGAGGAGAACCAGAUGGCGCAGAGCGUGAUCCGCUGGGUUCUGCAUUCUCGCCGGAAGCUCUCUCCGAACGAGCUCGUCACUGCUCUGGGUCUCGAGCAUAGUCUUGCCAUCCAGCCAGGGCAAGGCGCCGAAUCAGCAUUCCAUCAGGAAGAUAUGAGAGACGAGGACGAGGACGAGGCUUUGCCUCUUGGUUUUGAGCCUAUACUAGACUGUUUAUCAGGUCUCGUCAACGUGGUCGACAACGAAGUUCACCUCUCCCACUGGGUGUGUAUCGACGCGUUUGUUAAUCCUGGAUCUGAGACCACGGACCGGCGGCGUAAUACGGACGAUGCAGAGUCGCACUUCCUUAUACUACGCUGUCUUCUUCUCCAUUUCUCUUCCAAGGCGAGACGUCGGGUACCGGAUCAACAACUCGCUGGCGGCUCCUUUCAGUCUUCUUUGUUCCAGCACGACUUUACCGCGUAUGCUCUCCAUUUCUGGCCGCACCACUUUAAAUUCGCACAGUCUCAACCAUCCAUGCGAGAGAAGACUGAAUCGUUUCUGGCGGAUUUUCUGGCAAAAGAGACGGCGGCCGUUGCGAUGAUGCUGCAGUAUCUCCAGAGCAGCCGGGCCGAGGCUGUCAGAACGACAGUGCCAGACGAAGAAGGGAAUGUCGCUGCAGUAACCUUGCUCGCGAGCUCCGGCUUCGGUGACAUCGGCGAGAUCGCCGCUCUUGUGGGCAGCCCCGGGUGGGAGUCUGACGCGAAGACGUUGUUCCCGGCCCUGUUGGGGGCAGUCGGCGGAGGCCACGGAGAGCUCGUGAGACGGCUAUCUAUCUCCCCCCUGGAUGAUGACGCGGCCAAGGAUGUCUUAUCUCGAGCCGAAGCAGGCGAGCUGGGCAGCGAUGCCAUGCUUCACAUGUUCCAUCAGGCGAAGCUCAGAGAGGGGGACUUCCAACUCCCAGCUCCUUUUCUCAUCCGCGCCGCCUACGCCGGCAUCGAAGAGAUCUUCAACGAUGAGAUGGUCAAGGCGUCACUCGAUCGGCCCGCUGAUGGCGGCUCGUUCUGGAGGGAUUCCCUAUGUCGGGCCGUGAUUUCACGGCAUUUCAACAUCGCAGAGUUGCUGGCGCCGGUCGCGAUUCCCGGUCUGAGCGAUGACGACAAGCGUGACGUCUUUGUGGCGGCUGCGUACAGAGGAGGACCGACGGCCUUGUUGGAACUCAUGAGACUGCUCUCCGCGGAUGAUCAUGUGCGGUAUCUUUGGGUUUUGGCCCGCACCGGUAACUACCAGGCCGUGGAAGAGUUGCUCCUCGAACUCUUCGGGGACGAGGCUCCGAGCCAGUAUCUCACCGACGACAGUAUCAAGUCGAGUGUAGAAAUUGCUGUAACGAUGUCUUCCGUUGAAGUCGUCAGGGCCAUUCUGAGACAUGUCGACGUCGCCCGCGACGGCGAGGCCCUGCUCGACGCUCUCCGGCUUGCCGUCGGGGUGUCGGCGUCCAAAGACAUGUGUGCUCUCUUCUUGGCCACGGGCGUUAAGAUCGAGGAUCGGCAAGGAGAGGACUACUUGAACGAAGCAGUACGCGGAGACAACAUGGAACUGGCGAAGCUGCUUGUCAACCACGGAGCCAAGGUCGACGCCAAGAGUCCCCAGGGCCAGGCGCCGCUCCUCAGCGCCGCCAGCAACGGCUCCUUAGCCAUGGUCAAGUUCCUCGUGGACGAGAAGGCAGACAUCAACAUCCGGACGACGGAAGGAGGCGUCACACCGCUGUACGCGGCGUCGUUGAACAACAAGCCCGAUGUCGUCGAGCAUCUCCUGAGCCGAGGAGCGGACGUCCGAAUCCCCACCCUCACGCGCAACUGGUCGCCGCUGGAGUGUUCGUACGACUUCCCGGACGUGCUACGCCACCUCGUCACCAAGGCAUCGCCGCCUCCGGACUACCGGCGUCUGACCGAGUUCGGCGAGUGCGAGGCCACGGCGCUCUUCCUCGCCGCGCGGAACGACUGCGUCGAAUCCGUCCGGCUGCUGCUGGAGCACGGCGACCCGGACCUGGAGUUCGCGCCCGCGGUGGACAUUGGCGACAACGACCCCGCGGCCGGCUUCACGGCCCUCGCCAUGGCCGCGCGGCAUUCCAACACCGAGGUCGUCAGGCUGCUGCUGGCCGCGGGGGCCAACGUCAACCACCGCAUCCAGUGGCAGGGGCAGUCGGUCCUCCACUGCGUCUGGGACGACAAGACGAUGGCCGCCGUCCUCGAGUACGGCCCGGAUAUAGAAUCGAAGGACUCCAACGGCAUCACGCCCCUGAACUGGCACGCCAGCGGAGACGACGUCGGCCUGCUCAGGCGCCUGGUCAACGCCGGGGCGGCCGUCAAGACAACCGACGAGGACGGAAACACGCCGCUCAUGAACGCCGUCAGGGGCGGCUGUCUCGAGAACCUCAAGUUCCUCACGUCCAAGGGCGUGCCCGUCCACCACGACUCGGGGCGCUUCGGAUACCCGGUCCACGUGUGCUGCUCCUUCGGCAGGCUGGAGGCCCUGCGCUUCCUCGUCGAGCGAGGCGCCGACGUGAACCAGUGGCACGGGUUCCACGGGACGCCCCUGGAGGCGGCUUGCACGAGGACGUCCGAGGACCAGAUGGCGGUGAUCCGGUACCUCAUCGAGGAGAAGGGCGCCGACGUCAACGCGGGAGGGAGCCACUUUGUAGGCAUCCUGGGCCAGGCGUUCCUGAGCGGCACCGCAGAGCUUGUCACGCAUCUCGUCGACAAGGGCAGCAAGAUUGACGCCGUGGACCGGACGGGACUUCCGUCGUUAUUCAACGUCUGCUUCCGCGAGAAGGGCGCCCUCGAGCUGCUGGACUUGGCCGUCGGGUCUCACGGCGCCGUCGUCACUCUGGAUGCGCGGGAUCGCAUGGCUCGGACGAUCCUGCACUGCGCGGCGAUGGCCGGGCACAUCGAUCUGGUCAAGAGGCUGGUCGAGCUCGAGCCGGCGUUGGUGCAGGACCGCGACGGCGACGGGUGGACGGCGCUGCACUGGGCUGCGCGACGGCCUCGUCUGGUGGAUGACACGCCGAGUAGGGACGCCCAACAAGAUGACGAUUCCAAGGCCCAGGUGAUGCGUUUCCUGGUCGAGAAGGGGUGUCCCGGGCUCGAGGAGACGGUGUCGGCGGGCGAGCGGACGUGGACGGUUCUGGAGAUUGCAAAGAACCACGGGGCUCCGGAUGUCGUCGUUGAUGCUGUGAAGCAGAUGAUGGAGGAGAGGGGAACAACGGCGGACGACUCGAGGGAGGCCCUUUUGACGGAACAUGACGGAUGGUCGUGCGAUGCCUGCCGCAGCCGAAUCUGGGGCCCGUUGUACAAGUGCACGGGAGACAGCUGCUACGGGAACUUUGGGCUCUGCUUCAAGUGUAUGCCUUACAAAGACCUGGUCCACGACCCAACACAUAUCCUGGUCGAAGAUGGAGAAAGAGAGUGGUGA